UUUAGAUUCGCACAUAAUUAGUGUUGGGGCACAAAGCGAGAUGCUGAAUGGAGAUUGUCAGCUUUUGAAUAGGGGUGAGUAGGAAUCUUUUCGAAUAAGACUGAUCAGCGAAGACAAUUUGAUUUUCCAUCCCCUCUACUCUCCACCCACUGCUUGAUAUAAAACGUAAGGACAUUUUUUUUUUGGCAUUUUUUGAUAAAGAUUCAAGCGGACUUAAUCUCAAACAUAUUAUCACUGUCUGCAGCUGACAUACAAAGAAUGAGACAGCUUAUUAAAUGAGUUUAAUAUGAUAUGAUAAAUAUGAUCUGAUAGGUGCAAAACCAAUAUCCAGAGUGGUUCAAUGGACAUUUUCUCCCUGACAUCCCUGGAUAUUUAUGCUAAUGGAUUUCCUUCUAAUUGGACUGUACUUAAAGUGGCCACUGAAGAAGCCCCCUGGGUUGAUACUGUGUUCAUUGGGAAUUUUUCUAAGAACUGUUCCCUUGGUAGAGGGGGUUUGUCCACGGUUGUGCCGCUGCGACAGCAAGCUGCUGUACUGCGAGGGGCUCAACCUCACAGACAUUCCCCGCAAUCUGAGCAGUGCCAUGGGCCUGUCUAUGAGAGAGAACAACUUAACCGAGCUGCGUGAAGGCCAACUGGCUGGUCUGUCACAGCUCACCUGGCUCUAUCUAGAUCACAACAGCAUUGACAUUGUAGAGGAGGGUGCAUUUGACAAGCUAAGACGAGUCAAAGAGUUAGACCUGAGCAACAACCGGAUUGAGAGUCUGCCAAACGGGACCUUUAGGCCCCUCCCAAACCUCCGUAUCUUGGACCUCUCAUACAACAGGCUGCAGGCACUAGAGCCUGACCUGUUCCACAGCCUUAGAAAGCUCACCAAUUUACAUUUGCGCUACAAUGCUCUCAAAUUUGUGCCAGUGCGGAUUUUUCAAGACUGCAGGAGCUUGCAGUUUCUGGACUUGGGAUACAACCAACUGCAGAGCCUGGCACGAAACUCCUUUGCUGGCCUCUUCAAGUUGACUGAGUUGCAUCUUGAGCACAAUGAGCUAGUUAAAGUCAACCUAGCCCACUUCCCACGCCUCAUCUCUUUACGUACUCUGUACAUGCACAACAAUCGUGCCACUAUUGUUGUAAAUACACUAGACUGGACAUGGCAUUUUUUAGAGAAGAUUGACCUGUCAGCAAAUGAAAUCGAGUAUAUCGAGCCACAUGUUUUUGAGAGUACACCAAACCUCAAGGUACUGAUGCUAGACUCAAAUCGUUUGACCUCUGUGGACCAGCGCAUUCUGGAUUCGUGGUCAUCUCUGGACAGCAUUACCCUGGCAGGGAAUGACUGGGAGUGCAGUCGCAAUGUGUGUGCCUUGGCCUCUUGGCUGAGUGCCUUCCAAGGCCAGCAUGACAAUUCCCUGCUGUGUUCAAGCCCUGACACAGCCCAGGGUGAGGAUGUGUUGGAUGCCGUCUAUGCUUUUCAGCUAUGUGAGGAUCCCCCAAUAGAGGUAACCACAGCAGGCCUGUACGCCUCCACAAGGGAUCUGGCCCAGGGUGGCUCUGUGUUUCUGGGCCCAUUUACUCCCAACCCUUAUGAGGGUGAGGGUAGUGAAGUGGUCACAAAUUCUUUCACUGUCACAGUGGGCCAUGAUGACCUGGAGAGCACCAUGCAGAUCCACAAGGUGGUCACAGGCACCAUGGCACUCAUCUUCUCCUUUCUUAUCAUAGUGCUCAUGCUAUACGUGGCAUGGAAGUGCUUUCCAGCUGGAAUAAGGCAACUGAGGCAGUGCUUCAGCAGUCAGCGCCGUAAGCAGAAGCAAAAGCAAAGCAUGCAGCAGAUGGCUGCAAUUUCUACACCAGAGUACUAUGUUGACUAUAAACCGAACCAUAUUGAGGGAGCUUUGGUAAUCAUCAAUGAAUAUGGCUCUUGCACAUGCCAACAACAAGCUUCUCGGGAAUGUGAAGUGUGACCCUGCUUUUUGAGUAAGUCUUUACCUGUGAUUAUCUGGAUAUACAGCAAAUUCCUUUUUUGGAUACACUGGGGAGGGGGACAGAAGGAAUAAUUAAAUCUUCUAGACGCUUUUUUUUUUUUUCUUACAAAGCAUUUCACUGUGAUGUGGAAGAAGUGUGCUUCAUGUGGCUGACUAUUUUGUGGUGGAUUUAAUGCUACUGCUAUCUGCUGCUGAUCUGAAGUCACACAAUGGUCAUGGGACUCUUGGACCUGUUGAUGUUCUGUCGAAAAAGAGAGAGGAAUACAGCACUGAGGCUUUUCUCUCGUGGAUGGAUAUUUGAGCUUUAAUGUGUCUUUCUAUUUCAGGACAUUUAAUUAUUGUUUAAAAAUAAACUGGGGACACGAAAGAAGAAAAAAAGAAACCAUUUGUAUCAUGGUACACACAAUAUUUGACAAGCAUUUAAAAUAUUAAAAACACAUUUAAGUUUAAUUAAAAAUGUAAAAAUAAAACUGUGUAAAAUAUGUUAAGAAGAAGACGUGCAAGUGUGGACAAAAAUGAAAAAAAAAAAAAGAUAAUCUAUUUCUUUUGUAAACUACAAAAAAAAAAAAAUGUUUAAAUAAAUGAAUUGCUAUUCACAGAAACUCAUUUGUACAUGAGAAGCCUGUCAGAGAGGAUGAAUGACAAUAGACGCAGUCUUUGCGCCCGUGGACUGUAGAGCCAUGACUCUGCAGUGCAUCAACCCCCCCAAAAAUAAGAAGAAAUACAAAAAAAAAAAAAAAGAAAAAAGAAAUAAAAGGGGAAGAGGGAUAUCUGCAUCUCAUCUUCAGUGUAAAAUCCACGGUCUGAGUUUUAGACCUCUUCUUGGAUUUAAUCACAUUUUAUUUUGCAUUCAUUGUGUUGACUUUCUAUCAGUGUAGUUUCUUUCCCCUUUCCCAUUGCCUGUCUGUGAAUAGAUUAAAAUGAUCUAUUUCAUCCUCUAUCAGUAAUCAUAUUUUCAUUUAAUAAUACCACAAUAUCUGUGCUCCAUCCAAGUAAAGAAAGCAGAGUACAAAAGAUCUAAAGCUAUGCCUCUCAUUGCUUCUCACCUUUUGGCUGUCGCAGAGGAGUGUUGCCUCCUCUUACUGAAUCAAGCACACCAAAGCCAACAAUCAUUCAGAUCAUCCAUAGUAAAAUCAAAAUACUAAAUACUGUUCAAGUACUAUCACGACCACUGAAGAAAUUAUUCACCAGCUUCGAGACGAUUUGCACAUAUUGGUCACUUUGUUUUUUUCAUGUGAUGUAAAAUGUGUGUUGAAUACAAGGCCAUUUACAGGUGUGUGUAUAUAUCCUUCUCCCUUUGGUGUUUAUUGUGUAAAUUAGCGCACUGACAGAUGUUGUGUUUCCUGGGUUCUUUGACAUGAACAGUAUGAUGUGUGUGAGAGAGAGAGAUGGAGGAUCACAACAACUGCAGAAAGAGGGAACAGACUGCUCUCUAGUGUGCAUAUUCUCAUACCGUGGCAGCAUUUUACCAAUUGUGCACCAUGUUCUGAAAAAUUCCACAACAGGGGCAACAUCAAUAUACUGAUUUUACAGCAGCUUUUUUCUGAGAAAAAAAAAAAAAAAAAGAAGAAGAAGAAGAAGAGAUCAAUUUGCAUUAUUUUUUGUGUUAUUUUGCGAUAAAUAAGAUAAUGUUUACAACUUGUAAGUCAUCAGGAAUAAAAAUGUUUUAAGAACUCACUGACAAUCAUUACAUAAUAAGUUUACAUUUUUUAAAUCGUUAAUUCAGUAACAUUGUGAGAUGGUGUUUUGCUGUUUCUUUUUUUUUCUUUUUAAACCAUAUGCAAUAAGUGGCACAAAAAUGAGGUGUUUUGGUGUAUUUUAAAUUGGUGGACCUUUUUUGAGGUUGAUAAAGGCCUGGGAGAAGAAGUGCAGAGGAUUUAAGGUCCCUUAAGCAAUAAAGUGUCUGGAAAGAAAAAAAAAAAGAUUUUGCAGAGGGUAAGGAUUAAAUUUAAUUGAACUGCACUACCACUUAUUGGCUCUAAAUGAAAUAUUUUGAAGUGAAAAUUUUAGUGGCUGACAAAAAAGUGCAAAUAUUUUGAAACUAUAUUGUUAAAAUAUUUAACGGAUUGGACGUUUUAUUAUAUUUGUUUUAUAUUGUAUUAUUGUAACCUCAAGAUCACCAAAAAUGCUAGUCAGAGUGACAGUGAGCCGCAGAAUAUAUAAUACUGAAGUAUCUUCUUUUCCUCCAACAGCUCAAAAGAUUUCUCCCAGGCAGCAUCCCAUCAUAUAAAAAUCAUUCUAAUUAAUGUGAAGGACAUGCUGGGAGUUCACUGUGUUGCACUCAGUUCUCCCAUUCUGUACGUAAUGCAAGCAACAGGACAUAUACAAGCUGUAAUAUCAUUAGGUGGAAAAAAUACAUUUUAUCAUAAAAGACUUCCUUCAAAAUUGCAUAAAUCAGUCAUCAAUGAGUCUUCAAAUUAAAGCUCAUAUAUAUCUGUUCCAUAUUUUAGUUUAGUUUUAAUCUAAAAAUGACCUCAGUAAACAAAACUAUAUUAAUCUAUAACAUCAAACUAGUGUCUGAGGAAAUGUCCCACGGAGAGUGAAAAAUAAUAAUGCAGUGUGAGAACUUAGCCAAAGUGAAAUUUUGUGUUCAUAAUGAAAUGCAGUGGCCACAGUGUACAUAGUGUGUCUGACUACUAACAGGUUGAUCAAAUCUCUGGGGUCUCUCCAGUUCUCAGUAAAAGGAAAACAAAUACUUCUGUUUGUUA